AUGGAGAAACUUGUUCUGGUCAUCGCCGCUGCAUUGGAGCUGGCCACCAUAGAAAACAUGGAGGAUGUGAAGACCCUGACAUGUGCUCAGCGUCAGUACCAUUUUGUUUAUGAGCAGAAGAACUGGACUGAAGCACAGCAGCACUGCAGACAGUAUUACACAGACCUGGCUGCAAUAGAAAGCAUGGAGGAUGUGAAGACUCUGAACAACAUGGCAGACUUGGAAAAAAUGAAAUACUCAGAAUACAGCAAUCGAGCCUGGAUCGGCUUGUACAACGACGUGAACAGCUGGAGGUGGUCGAUGGACGACACGGGUUUCUACAAAGAUGGAGAACCUGAGCUCAGAAAUUGGUCACCUGAGGAACCGAAUAACUAUAAAGGCACUGAAUGUUGUGCAGAGAUGUUUGACAGCGGAUUAUGGAAUGACAGAGACUGUGAUGCCGUCCGUAAUGCAGUCUGCAUUUACAUCGCAGAGUCAGAUGUGACAUUUGUCUUCAUCAAAAACAUGAUGACAUGGACGGACGCCCAGAGCUUCUGCAGAGCUAAUUACACCGACCUGGCCAGUGUGAGAAACAUGUCAGAGAACCAGAAGAUAAAGGAGCUGAUACCCAAAGGGAAAAAAGCCUGGAUCGGCCUUUUCAGAGACUCCUGGAAGUGGAUAGAUGGAUCCAGCUCCUCGUUUAGAUACUGGGAUACAAAAGAACCAAACAACAAUUUUCACAAGGAGAUGUGUGUGGCAGCAUACUUUGGAAAGGAAGGAAAAUGGGAAGAUUGGAACUGUGAUUAUAAGAGAGCAUUUGUUUGCUACAGUGAAGUACGUGCUCGCAGCAAGCAUGUAGUGAGACUGGGACUGGUGAAAAACUCCAGUGUGGACCUGAGUGACCCUGCUGUGAUGGAAGACGUGCUGAAACAGCUUAAACAGAAGCUGAAGGACCAGAGAGUCGAUGGAGACAUCAGCCUGAGCUGGAGGACGCAGUCAGGUGGGGAGGUUUUCUACAAGGAUGAGAAGCAAACAAAGAAGGAAGCUCGAAAAGUCAAGAGUAGCCUGUGA